CCAGUUACGAUAGGGUUCUUCGGUGUUUAUGUGCUCGUAUGUACGCCGGGUGUGGUCUCUCGACUGGACAGCAUUACGUUCGCGUUGUUUACGACAUAAGGCGACCUCCACAAAUAUGUGACCGGAUCUACGGUGCGGACGUGGGUGUGCUCCGCUAGACCUCUUCGCGAUUUUUAAAUCGAAUCAUUUUACUGUCCUUGCAUCUUCCUACCAGGAUGGACAUUCUUACGUUCUCGGAUACCACGGAUAAGGGAGAACGACGGCUGUGUCCUUGAAUGGAACCUUUUCUUUUUUUUUUUUUUUUUUUUUUUUUUUUAACUUUUUCUUCUCUCGUCAUCGGUUUUUGAAAAAAUCUCGAAGAUGACAAAAAUUGUCGAGAUAACAAUUGAUCAUUUUCUUUCAAGGUACUUAUAUAGGACUCCCUUGAACUAACAAUAGAUUGGUCUUGUUCCUAAGGGCAUUAUCAUUAAUUCACGCCUAGCAGUUCUUUAAUCUUUCUUAUAUCCACACCCUCUUUUUCAAAGCGUCGACGUUAUUCUAUUCUCUGAUUAUCCACGCUUUUGACUCGGCUAUCCUCGCCUACGAGCCAUCUCACGAGCCCUUCCCACGUAGUACGUGCACGUUGUCCAGUCGUUGGUAGCGCGAAAACAAAUAGACAUCCGUGAGAUGGCUUCGGAUUCGCUGCUGCUCCUCCUCGCAAGACAGAGAGAGAGAGAGAGAGAGAAAGGGUAUGAACGAGAUACACGGCCGAUUGUCUCCACCUACACACUCCUGCUCGCGUUCACGAGCUUUUCCAACGACGAAUGACCCUGUAAAGAUACCCUUUAAAGGAUCGAAUCCACUAGCACGCUCGCUAAACGAACUCUUGGAUUUUCUUUUUUACGAGUUCGAUGACCUUCGACGGAAUCAUUAAACGCCCUCAUAAAAAUCAACGUCGUAGUUGCUAUCGAGAAAGGUAUACCCUUGUAGUAACGAAAGCGAAGGAUCCAAGAAUCUCAUAGGUAAAUGUUCGGCUAAAGAUAAAUAUCAAUUCGGCUUUAAUUCGCUAGAAGAUUGGUCACGCCCCCAAGCGUACUUUACACAGAGAUCGGCAUUAUAUACUAUUUGCGGGUAAGAAAGUACCUUGCAUCGCGAAGUACAAGUGUUAUGUCCGGGUCAGGUACGGUGAAUAACAUCAAGGACGAGGGACGCGUGAUUUUAUUACGUUUAGGACGAAAGAUAUUCGUCCGUUUGCGGUUGUUUGGUAUUGUCGAAAGGGGGGGGGGGGGAAGAAAAGAAAAGAAUGCAACUAACUGAUUUCAAUUUGUGCAAACACGUACAGUAUGUAUACGUACUUCUAUCAAGGACGAACGAAUUAUCUUCUUCUUUCUCUUUUCGGUCCGAUCCGGUACGAUCAUUUUUAUAUUCGAAAAUGUACUUUUAUCCAUCGGCCACAUUCUUCGAUUCAAGUACAAAUUUCUUUAAAUCCAUUUUCUUAAAAUGAAAAUAAAAAAGAAAAGAACGGAUAAAGAAGAAUUGUUUCGUCCGAGAUUUUAACAUUCUCAUUUGCAUUUGGAUUUUAUAGUUACGUAUGUAUAGCAACUUUUGGAGACGUUAAUGGCACCGUUGGUGGCCCAUCAAAGGUAGACGCAUGUAAGUAUGUAAGUACUUACCUACGUGCGGCUUUACAAUGAAGGAAAAUAAAAUAAGAAAUCCCUUAUACUCGUCGUUAGCAAAAGUCAUACCGAACGACCUCGGGAAAGCUUGUAGAGUAAAGGAACUCGAGAAAAAGAUCAGACUAUGUCCUUCUUUUUCUCCGGUUUGUGGUUUAACACGAUAGCCGAGCUCUUUAAAACCCAAAUAAAUGAUUAUCUUGUAAAAGAAAAAAGAAGAAAGAUAAAGAAAUAUCGCGAAUAAAACACGACGUAGAAAAUUUUUGGUAAUGUUCAACGUUAAUAUCAAUUAAAGAUAAUUAAUAUCUAUCUUAACUCUUAAUAGAAAGUUUCGGAAGGAUGUGAUAAAUUAUAUAAUAGGAUAACUCGCGUGGCUCCGUUUAACCAUUAUUGAUCCGAAGCGUAAUUAUAACUUCGUAAUACCUUCAUUAGGCUUCCUUUAUCGCCAUUUUAAUCGUCAUUAUUGUUGCUUGCUAUUUCGAGAGGGAAUACGAGUUAAUGCGAUAACAUUAAUUCAGUAUCGAGCGUAUUAUAUAGCUACUAUUAGUAGGAAUAUUCUUGCUCUUGCUUUUAUCUUUCUUCUUCUUCUUCGUCUUCGUCUUAUUUUUCCGUUUGACUGCCGGCAAAAGGCGACAAAGAAAAUCUAUACGCCAGUCUGGCGAGAGAGAGAGAGAGAGAGAGAGAGAGAGAGAGAGUGUGUGUGUGAGGGGAAAGAGGGAGGAGGGAGGGAGGGGAGGAAGAGAGAAAGAGACAGAAUCUUCGAUCCCGGAUGGAGAGGGAUACCGAGAAGGAAGAAUUCGGUGAACGGAUCUCGUUCGCUUUUGUCCUUCGACUGAGGAUACCCCUGGUUCCUGGUUCAAAGUCAUCGUACUCGACUUCUUCUUGUCUCGGCAACGUAUAUAAGUCAAAUCGAGAUCGAAAGCAAGGUGCAUAAUCCGAACAGUCCUUCGUCGAAGAAGGAGGUUGGAAGAGAAGCCGAUUUUGUUACAAGAUGCAGCAAAUGAUAGUACUUCUGGCGAUUCUGAGCGUGGCCUCGUGCUCGCAGCUGACUCUAGUGCCGUACGCCUAUCUGGCGGAUCCACUUCCGGUGUACCAUCAGUCUCAGGACACGAGAACCGGGGAGCACGCGUACAGUUACUCCGGUGGACCCUCGGCAAAGGAGGAAGUCAAAGGUCCCGAUGGAGUCACGAGAGGAUCUUACAGCUACGUCGACGCUCACGGUAUCUUACAGUCAGUUUUCUACGUCGCCGACGAGGGUGGCUUCCGGGUUGCGGCGACGAAUCUACCGACGGAUAACGAUCUGCCCGUUGAAACGGCUGAGAUUCUUUUAGCUAAGAGGGCACUAUUCGAGGAACAAGCAAGAGCCACGUCGUCGGAGCAAUCUUCGAGCGCUCGUCGAAAGCGUAGCUUAACCGAAGAGACGAGAAAAGAACAUCGAGAAGAAGAUUCGAAGAGCAACAAGCAAGAGGAUUAUUCGAACGAUAAACCCUACGGAGCGUUGGCAACUUUUCUACUUCCAGGAUCUUUAGCAACGGCAACGUCUCAUCAGAGUCAAGUUAGGAUUCAUCAGGACGUUCGUACGGAAGGUGUCGAUCCGAUUGCCAAUGCAGUCACCGUCGAGGCUGCUGCCCCCGUUUUACCUCUUAUCGAUCCCAUUAAAUCGGAAGUGAUCAAAACUCCAUUGAUCAUAUCCGAUGGAUCGGUAGCCUUGCUAACCGACAACGAUUAUCAUCAAAAUCGUAUAAAGAUCCAUAGAAAUCUCGGAUUGGAGGGAGAGGAGCGACGCAAGGACGCUGUCAAGAUCGAAACGCCGGUACUCGCUGAAGUUCGUCCGCUCGUUUCUGAGCCGGUCGCGAUCCUGGAGCAUCGACCUUCCCUUCUCACGGCCGUUUCCUCACAAAGCGUCACGCAGAUUCACCUAAGUGACAAGCACGAGAUUCCAAGUAUUUACGAGUUGCCCGCCCUUUAUCAUGCGAUCCCUAUCGCGAGAUCAUCGCAAUAUCGUACGCAGAUUCAUUCGAGUCAAAGAAUCGAAAGCGCCGACGAUUCGGAGAAUUUACGAGAGGAUAUCAAUAAAGAAAAGAGUCAAGACGAAGCAAUAGGAUCCUCACAAUUAACAGUUAAUCGAUUAAGCCAAUCUCUUCUUUAUGCUUUUCAGACGAUCCUGUUCAGCGUAUUGCUCGGUUCUUCCUUAAGCAGUCCAAUAGCAAACGUUUGGGUCAGUCCCAUAGGAAGCAUCUCGCCGUUACGACAAUAUCACGUGCAAGAUGGAUCGGGAUCCUAUCGAUAUUCAUUCACGGGACCGCAUCACGCUAAGACGGAGUCUAAUCUGAAUGGAAUCACUCAGGGUGGUUAUUCCUACAUAGACGCUAACGGAAUUCUACAAACCAUCUCGUAUACCGCGGACGAUCAAAAUGGCUUUAGAGUUAGCGCGAGUAAUCUUCCUGAAGCGCCCAAGAACGAGCAUGAUCAGAUCGAAGACACCCCGGAAGUAGCAGCAGCCAAGCGAAAUCACUUAGAGGAAUUGCAGAAAUCGCAGCUGGCCGAUCGACCGAACUGGAACGAUCAGAAUAUUCUAUCCUAUAAGAUCUUACCUCCGUAUGUCAGUUACGCACAGUUACAACCGUCCGAGAGUAAAAUCGUAGAACGAGAGAUUCAGAGCACGAAAAAUCCAUUCCUACUGUCUCAAGCGGAAGCCGACAACAUUCAAGUUCCGAAGCCGGAUCCAACGCUCUCUCAAGCGUCUCCAAGCUCAUUGAACGUUCGGGACACCUCGGCGAAGGACGAAGGACAAUCCGAAUCGGAUAAUCCGAAUGCAUUGGAGAUCGGAAAAUUCCUACAAAUGCCAAACGUUCAUAGGACCGUGGCAUUGCCUGCCCCAUACGUAUUCCCCGUUUUACCAUACAGAUUACUUCACAGCUCGCUUCAUCAUACUCAGGAUUCUUUGGGCCAAUACGAUUACAGUUACACCGGCGAUUCCAGUGCAAAAACGGAGUCAAGAUCCUUGGACGGAACUACGAGGGGUGCUUACAGUUACAUAGAUCCCAAUGGUAUUUUGCAACAAGUCCAUUACGUUGCCGAUCAUAAUGGGUUUAGAGUGCUUGCUACGAAUCUACCGGAAGCGAAAUAACUAAGCCCAUAGAGAUAUUAUUUUCUUUUUCACGAGCGAAAAGUUAAAAAGAAAGGAUAGAAAAAAGGAUAGAUAAGUAAAUAAAUGAAAUGAAAAUGAUCUACUCUCUACGGAAAAUCUAAUAAUACUUGUUUAGAAUAUCAAAUAGAAUACGCAACAUUGAAGGUUACCCCUUUUACUCUCGGUACUCCGAUUUUUUACUGCCGUAAAAACCGAUUGUAUAAGUGAUCAGUAUCGCAUCGUAUCACGAUGUAACGGUGAUCUUAUAAUUCGACCAAAUUAUUAUCGUAAUUAAUUUUGGAAUUAAUGAUAAACUAUGUUUAAGAAUAAUUUUACUUUAGCAAAUAUAUACAUAUGUUCGAAACUGUGUCCUCGAACGAUUUUUCUUUCACUCUGUCUUCCUUCUAAUAAUAAGUCUUUUUUUCCGAAGGGGAAGAAAAAGGGAAGAAAAAAGAAAAGAUAAAAGGGAUCAUUGAACGAAACCCGAAUACGAUGACUAAAAGCGGGCUAAACCCUCUUUCGUCAUAUCGAAUCUAUUGCCCGAAGUGAAAUAAGCACGAUGUAAUGUUUCGCACAUUUCACAGAACAAUAUGGAUAAUUAUUGCCAUCGUUGGACAUUGAAAUAACAUGGAAAUGCCAGGCACCGAAGCGUAGCCGCUGGCGAUAACGAGAUGGAACACUCUCGGAAAUAGUUUAACAUUAUCGAUCUGUCUCUCUCUCUCUCUCUCUUUUCCCCGCUUCACGGUGGAAAUACUACAGGUGUCGUUAUAAACGAUUAAAUCGAAAACAGCUUGAUUCCUUGAAAACAAACAAAAUUAUUAAAAAUAAAUCGAAACGAAAGGUUGAACGAUCUUUUAAAUCUUGAACCCGUAACAAUUUUACUUUCAUUAUUUUCGGAGUAAUCAAUCUGUUUGAUAUUCUGCUCAGUGACAGUAUUAUGAUAUCGAAAGCUACAGGUGAAGCACAGGGAAGAGAAUCAAAUUCAAUUGAACGACGUCAACGCGUCAAGCGCACCUGUCGAAAUAUAAUAUACACACACUUGCAUGUUUCUACAUAUAUAUAUAUAUAUCCGUAAUAUUUCCAUUUGCAUUAUAUAACGUUGGCGUGUAUUUUUGUGUGUAUUUUUAGAUUAUUUCUAAUAGACGUUAAAUUAGAGGUUGUAAUCAAAGAUAUUAAUGAAUCAUUAAGAUUUUGUCGAGUCGCUGAUAAACAAUCCAAACACGUUUCAGCGUCGUAACCAUUUUUGCUCCAUUUUUCAUUCGUGCCAUUUGACGUUUUGUAUGCAUUUAAUAAGUAUGCCAGUAAGUAUCAUAUCUAUGGUACACAUGGCGCGGGACGCAUUAAAUAUCGAUUUGUCGCUUUUUAAUCGUUAUUCUCAUAUGUUACAAAUACGUGAAUAUAUACGUACCUUGAUCUCCCUCGUGACGACGUACGGAGAAAAUUAAAAAGAGAAAAUCUAACGGUAAAAGAUCAAUGGACUCGGAACUUUAUUCGCACGUAUUCAUAUUGUUUACUUGCAAUCGUUCGUAACGUUAUUCAUACGGUAUAUCACAUAAUACAUUAAUCGCGCAUAUUAUAUUCGCUGCUAACUUUUCUACCCGCUUUUCUUCUCCCUUUGCAUAAUACGCAAUCGGUCGAAAGAAAUUGCAAGUGUAUUUUGCUCUUAAGCGUGAGGACUUUCUUUUAUUCUUCCUUCUUUCUUUCGCUUUUUCUUCGCAAGAAAGAAAUAUCUAUCGAUGCGAAAAACGUUCCAACGUUUUGGACGAGAAAA